UCUCUUCUUGUCUAAAGUAAAGGAAGGUAUCCGCCAAAGAGAAGACGGCCACUAUGAACUCCCUCUUCCCUUCAAAUCGGAUAACCCUCAUCUCCCUGACAAUAAACGAUCUGCAGUUCACAGACUGAUCUCAUUGGAAAGACGACUAAGGAGAAAUGAACAGUAUUACAAGGAUUACGUUCAUUUCAUGAAUGACAUAAUAACCAGAGGCGAUGCUGAGAAGGUUCCAGAGUCUGAACUCAACAACCAAAUAUCAUGGUACAUUCCGCACCACGGAGUCUACCACCCCCACAAACCCGGAAAAAUCCGUGUGGUUUUUGAUUGUUCAGCACGUUUCCAAGAAACCUCUCUAAACGAUCAUCUCUUGACUGGUCCCGACCUGACAAACACGCUCAUUGGAGUGUUAUGUAGAUUUAGAAAGGGUCCGGUAGCCAUAAUGUGCGAUGUUGAACGGAUGUUCCACCAAUUUCAUGUCACAAAGGAACACCAAAACUACCUAAGGUUUCUCUGGUGGGACAAAGGCGACCUGGACUCAAAACCUUCAGUAUAUAGGAUGAGAGUGCACCUGUUUGGAGCAGCGUCAUCCCCUGGCUGCUCCAACUUUGGAUUCAAACAUCUGGCAUCCCAGGGUCAUGGGAAGUUCAGUGAAGAGUCCAUCAAGUUUAUACAGAGAAGCUUCUAUGUGGACGAUGGCCUAAUAAGUGUAAGGUCACCGGCUGAAGCCAUCUGUCUUGUUGAAGAGUCAAGAGCCUUGUGCAGAACAGGAAAUCUUCGUCUUCACAAGUUCGUAUCCAACGACAAAGAGGUGAUUGCCGCAAUACCACCUGAAGAACUUGCCAAAAACAAGGAUCUAGACUUAACUCUUGGAGAACUUCAUAUUGAGCGAGCACUUGGAGUUCAGUGGUGUGUUGAAGCAGAUGAAUUCCAAUUCAGAGUUGUGGUUAAGGAAAAUCCACUGACAAGGAGGGGAGUUCUCUCAACCGUUGCCUCUGUCUUUGAUCCUCUUGGAUUUGUGGCCCCCUUUGUGCUCCUCGGAAAACAAAUCCUUCAGACUCUAUGUCGGGACAGAGUGAGCUGGGACGAAGCUCUCCCUGCUCAUAUCCUGCCACAAUGGGAGUCAUGGCUUAGAGGUUUAUCUCACUUGGCAACCCUAAAAAUUCCAAGAUGUUAUCUUCCAUCAAGCUUUGGCGAGGUCAAACAAUAUGAACUGCACAACUUUUCAGAUGCAAGUACCAACGGCUACGGUGCAUGCUCUUACCUCAGAGCUAUAAGCAAAACAGGUCAGAUCAAUUGCUCACUCAUCAUGGGGAAGGCAAGAGUAACCCCUACCAAACUAACGACUAUCCCAAGACUUGAGUUGUCGUCAGCUGUGACUUCAGUACGCAAUGGUGAUGUCAUCAAACGCGAGCUGGAGAUUGAAAACCUGCAAGAAUAUUACUGGACUGACUCAAAGGUAGUCCUUGGUUACUUGAACAACGAUGCCAAGAGGUUCCACACGUUUGUUGCCAACCGUAUCCAGCGCAUAAGAUCUAGCACCAACCCUGAACAAUGGCGACAUGUCAGCUCUGAAAAUAACCCAGCCGACUACGCCUCAAGGGGGCUGAGCGCAGUUCAGCUCAAAGAGUCUAACUGGCUAAAAGGACCUGACUUUCUUUUCCAGCUGAACCUUCCAUGUGAAGAGAAGGUGAGAGCAGUGGAAACAGACGAUCCUGAACUUCGCAAAGUUCAUGUUCACACAGUCAAAACUAAGGAAGAAAAUUCACUGUUGAACCGCUUCUCUAAGUUUUCUGACUGGUCCAGGACAGUGAGAGCUGUCGCAAGACUCAAGAGAUUUGUCAGAGAAUCCAGGAGACUUCAGCGAAGAACUAAUGAAGCAACUAACCUUGCAGAAAGAAGAGAAGCAGAAAUCUUUAUUAUCAAGCUGGUGCAAGAAGAGGCCUUCACCGAAGAAAUUAAAACAGUUCAGCUUCAAAAGGGAAGCACCUUGAACAAGCACAACAAGCUACACCUGUUGAAUGCCUUCCUGGACAAGAACAAUGUUCUUAGGGUGGGAGGACGGCUAUCUCAAUCAGCCUUACAUCAUGACAUAAAACAUCCUGCAAUACUUCCGAAGAAAGCUCAUGUGUCCGCCUUGCUCGUCAAACAUCAUCAUGAGCGUGUACAUCACCAAGGAAGAGGCAUGACAAUGAAUGAGGUACGUGCGAAUGGAAUAUGGAUCCUGGGAUGUGGAAAUGUAGUUUCAUCACACAUCUACAAGUGUGUAAAAUGUAGGAAAUACAGAAGAACCACAGAGACUCAACAAAUGGCCGAUCUGCCAGAAGACAGAACCGAGACAUCCCCUCCGUUUACUUACUGCGGUAUAGAUUGUUUUGGUCCCUUUAUUGUGAAGGAAGGAAGAAAGGAGGUAAAACUAUAUGGAUUGUUGUUUACCUGCCUAUGCUCCAGAGCGGUGCAUAUAGAGACGCUAGACGAUUUGACGACAGAUGCCUUCAUGAAUGCACUUCGAACAAUGGUAGCAAUCAGAGGACCUGUGCGCCAAUUACGAUGCGACCAAGGAACAAACUUCAUUGGUGCCAGGAGGGAGUUUUCUGAGUUGCUCAAAGGAAUGGAUCAGGAACGUCAACGAGCAAUUGGUUGCGAAUUUGUAAUGAAUGUUCCUUCAGCAAGCCAUAUGGGAGGAGUCUGGGAACGCCAAAUCAGAACGAUUCGAAGCAUUCUGACAGUCAUGUUAGACAAGUCUGCAAGCAGACUAGACACCACAACUCUGAGAACAUUCCUUUACGAAACAAUGGCAAUAAUUAACAGCAGGCCGUUAAGUGUUGAACACCUCCACGAUCCUACUGGUCCAGAGCCUCUCACUCCCAACCACAUAAUAACCAUGAAGUCAUCAGUUAUUCUGCCCCCUCCUGGAGAGUUCUGUAAAGAAGACCUCUAUCUGCGCAAGAGAUGGAGAAGAGUGCAGUUCUUAGCCAAUGAGUUCUGGCGAAGAUGGAAACGAGAAUACUUGCUAAACCUCCAACAGCGGCAGAAAUGGCCAAAGGCAUCACAAAAUUCACAAGUAGAUGACAUUGUCAUUCUGCGAGACGACAACCUACCAAGAAAUGAGUGGAAGCUCGCCAGAGUUGUAGAAACUCACCCUGGAACAGACGGCUUGGUGCGAAAGCUAAAGUUACUAGUCAGUAACACUACACUUGAUAAAGGAAAACCACACACUAGACUAGUCUACCUCGAAAGACCUAUUCAUAAGGUAGUCACCUUACUUCAGGCCACUUAAGUCCCAUACAUGAGAGUAUAGUCAUACACACUGAAAACACUUGACUGUUUCUUUGCAUUUUGUUUGAACUAAAUCCCACAUUUGAGUUAAUGAGUGAUUUGGUGGGAGUGUAAAUGACGUAACGAAGUUGCCUUAAUUAAAAGGAGUAACACGGUUAAUGUCAUAGUUCAAUUGGAUAAAUGAAUACUUUAUUUCAUGUUAUUUAUAAUCGUUAAAUAUGGCAUGAUUUAAUACAGUUUGUUUUACAUCUUGGGCCGAUAUGCGUAUGUGUUUCUUGUGCCUAGGAACUAAUGUUUGUUCAUGUGCUGGUACUGCGUGUUUUGCUGUUACACUGUACAACUCCAUGUGGGUUGACGUCUUUUUGAAGCUCUGCUGAGGUCUGUGAUAAAGUUUAGUGUGACGGGAGGUCUGUGACGAAGUUAUGCAGAAAAGGAACUAAAUUAAUCUCCUUUCACGACAAGCGGCCAACGAGUUCUCACGGCGUAACGGAAGAGGGAAGACUACAGGAUGAAAACUCCCAAGAAAUAAACGCCCGUUUUAAAGAACCGACCUGUGUCUGUGUCGUGAAAAGAGC